UGAAAACUGAAACUGAAACAAAAACGGGCCGUGACAGAGCGGCACAAACGAGUGUUUGACGGGCUGAAAGUUCUCGUGUUAGUGUAGAAUUGCAGAUAAAAUGGAUGAAUAUCAGUAUCCACUGUUUUUUGAAGCCACUGACUUUACAGACAGAGAGAAGGAGAAAGUGAGGAGAUACUUUCAGAAAAGUCGAGACUCCGGGGGUGGCGACUGCGGAAAUCUUGAAAAACUCGGAGGAAGCGUUUAUAAAAUCUGUUUCAAGGAAAAAGAGGAUCAAGACAGAGUUUUGCAGAGGAAGUUUCACACCAUCACUCUUCCGAGUGGAGAAGCGCGGCUGACCGUGAGCCGGACAAGUUCACCACAGACCUCUGACCAGCCAUCAACAAGCCAAUCACUGAGCUCUAGAAACUCAAACAUAAAUGGUCUUGAGAAGACUUUCAGGAUAGAUGUUUUCCUGCUGUUUUUCCUGAGAGACAACUGUAAAGCAUACACAAUUUUUGAAAAACAACUGUCGUCAAUCGGCUGCACAGUGGAGCUAAAUUUCGAUGAAGAGGAGGUUUUGGUUAGAGGAGAGGUUGACAAGGGGCCAGGAGGUGGUUUUGGUGGCGCUGCAGAGAAAUGGGAGUGCCAAGUGGAUCGGGUCUUUAUUCGGCUUACCGAGACCUACCUCUGCUAUCAUGUGCUUGAGCCAAAACUGGUGAAAAUGAUACUGCAGGACUCGGCCUUUAAGACAGAUGAUAUCAAAGUUUACACAGAGAGUGGCUAUGCUGUGGUUGUGGGAGAGGUUGAUGCCGUGAAGGAGAAGAUUGCAAUUCUGGAAAAAAGCCUACCCACCAAAAAGGAAAUGCCAAUUGUGGAGAGGAACUUCAAGCUCAUAGAAGAAGAGUUCAAUCGAGAAAUGCGUGCUAAUUGUCCAAAGGUUACAAUCAUCAGAGGUAGUGCCAUGAUCACUUUGGAGGGCCCUGACAAAGAGGUGCAGUCAGGAGCUGCAAAACUGGUUGAACUGAUUAAGAACAUAAAGGAGAAGAGCAUUAAGUUCCCUACAGCUCUGCUAACCUUCAUGAAGACCAGUGAUGCCAUCCCAAAAUACCAAACUCGCUUCCAGCAAAGGCUCAGAAACCCUGUUUUCUUUGAGGUGGGUGCAGAUCUGGUUCUGUCCAGUUUGUCCUCUGAUGCUUUAAAUAUGGCCGAGGCAGCAGUGAUGAGAGACUUUAAAGUGACCACUGUACAGCUGCAGGGUGCAAUAGAUCUCAACAGGUUGAAAGAAAUUCUGAUGAAAGCCAAGAACGAGGCAAACAGUAGAGAGUUCAGAAUGGACAUCAGCUACAUGCCAGGCGCCAGUGGAACCUCAACAACCAAAGUCCAACUGGUGGGCUACAGUGAAAAUGUGGCCAAGCUCAAUGAAGUUCUUCAUGACUUCCAGUUGAAUCAAGUUUCAACUCAAGAAACCAUCAAUCUGCUUCAUCCUGAAAUGGUCGACUGUUUUAAUAAAAUCUUAGACUUGAUUGGCAUGAAGCAGACCAAGGUGACCUUACAAGCCUCACAUUUUCCAAAUCCUUGUGUGUUUGUGUCUGGUCCUCGAUGUCAUGUUCAGGAGGCCAAGGAGGCCCUAACAUCAACUCUGGACAGUGUUAUAGUAGACACUUUGACUCUAGAUGGACCAGGGGCUCAGCAGUACUUCCAGGAAGAGGGUAAAGUGACUAAAGAGCUGAUAGAGGGUUCCUGUCACGUCAUUAUCCGAGAGAAGCAAACUGCAGCCACCCGAAACGUGCAAAGACCACGAAACACCAGCAGACUCAGCGACACACCUAGAUCUCUCAGCUACAGCAGCAGCAUGUACAGCACAGUUGGAAACUCUGCAAUCAACAGAACAAACCUGAAGAUCAAACUCAGCAGUUUAGAAAAUGAACAGGCGGAUGUUCUGGUGGUCCCCAUGCUCAACAAACAGCUGACUUCUACAAAUAUUGGCAAAAGUUUGUUGGCCAAAGCUGGGAAUAUAUUAAAGUUAAUGUUUGAUUCAGUCUUAGCCAGUUGUGCCCUCGCCCCUGGUGAUGUUCAGCUGGUUGAUGCACCUCCAUCUCUGGGCUGCUCCAAGAUUUUCUUCAUUGAGUGCUUGCCUUGGGACGGAGUAAGAGGAAAGAGUGUUCAGGCUCUUGGUAACUGUCUGAAGAAGUGUCUGGAGCUUUGUGCACAGCUGAAUUUGGGUUCAGUGGCCAUUCCAAUCAUUGGGCCAGGAAUUGUUUUAAAAUACCCGCUGAGAGAAGCUAUUCAAGUGUUGACCGACAUCAUUCACCAGUUUGGAUUAUCUGCAUCCUCUGGAUCUCUUACAAACAUCCACAUUGUCAUUAAACCUGGCUACCCUGAUUCUGAGGAGUGCUACCACGAUGUCUACAAACAGCUCAGCUUAAAUAUGAACCAGGGAGGCCAAGCAAUCUUCAGGUCCCUCACCAGCGACCUAGAUGACAUCAUCAUGACAGUGGGAAGUGGAGUUAAACUACAUGUGGUGUUUGGUGACAUCACUAAUGAGACUACAGAUGCUGUGGUGAACAUAACAGACUCCCAAAGUUUUAACUUUGACAUCUCAACUUUAGCUGAACCACAGGUGGCAGCAACAGUGAAUCGAGGAGAAAUUUUCAUGACCCAGUCUGGAAACUUCCCCAGUAAAGCUAUUUUACACGUGCAUGGAGAACAGGAUGAAGUCCUCAUUGAACAACUUGUGUGUGAUAUCAUUUGUUACUGUGAAUCACAUGAAUACAGUUCAGUGGCAAUUCCUGCCAUGUGUGCUGGUAAGUAUUUUGUUCAGCAUUUCUACUUAUUCUGUUUGUUGUGCUACACACACACACACCUAAGAGGAAGGGGUGUUUUUGCAGGAGCUGGAGGUUUGGAUCCUGCGAUUGUAGCAGGAGCCAUUUUUCGAGGAAUCGAGUCAUCUGCAUCAUUCAUGAACAGCCUCACCAACAUCCGCCUCGUCCUGAUUAAGAUCGAUGUCUUCUUGACUUUUAAAGAGGAAGCGAUGCAGAUGUAUUCCUCAGCUGUCAUCAACAGAGUACUUCCAGUACUUCCAGUACUUCCAGUUCAAGUACAGCAACAACAGCCUCCUCUUUCUGUCAGUGCAUACCUCAGCAGUCUCCAUAUCAGCUCUACAAGUCAGCAGUCUGUCUUCACGUUCCUGGGUCUUUCCAAAAAGGACGUUGACGAUGCCAUGGAAAAGCUGAAGCAUCAAUAUCACACACAGUACUCCAGUAACACCUUCUCAAAGGAGGAACUGGAACCCCUCGACCAGGAUGACAUGAUGGAGCUAAAGGAGCUGGUGGAGUCUGAGGGUUUAUUCAUGCAAACAGAUCAGUCUGGCGCCCUAACAGUGAGCGGGCUAAAAGACGGGGUCACCCGAGUGAUGCAGAAAAUGAAUCAGUGUCAAUUAAUGGCUCUUGCUAAUGAGGUGAGAGUCAGGGAGGAGGAGGAUUUGUACCUCCGAGUUGUUUGGUGCAUCCUGGCACAUAACGGUAACUGGGAAAGACUUCCCAGAACAGCCAAUCACCAACUGGAAAACAACGAAUUAACAGAAGGAAUAACAGACGCACAGGGACUCACAUGGGAGGUUAAUCUACAGAGAAUGGUGGCCACACAGCAACUGAACAGACAGACAACGAAGCUGAAACGACUUGAGAAUCUCGCAGACUUUACUUUCCCUCUGUACUGGGACAGCAUGGCUGCCAGUGAAAAUAUGACGGUCAUUCCCCUGGAGUCUUCUUCUGCAGAGUACCGAACAGUGAAGGAGGCCUUCAAACGAACCGUCGCCAAAACUGUAAUGAAGAUUGACCGUUUGCAGAACGUUCACCUGCGUCGCGCCUAUGAAGCACAGAAGAAGCACAUUUCUGAUAAGAAUGCACAGGAGGGAGGAGCAGGGGAGAAACUUCUGUACCACGGGACGACCCAGGACAAUUGUGACUCCAUAAUGAAAACUGGAUUCAACAGGCGCUUUGCUGGGCAAAAUGCAACUUCAUACGGUCGCGGGACCUACUUUGCUGUAAAUGCCAACUACUCGGCUCAACCCACCUACUCCAAGCCAGCUGCUGAUGGUUCUCAGUUAAUGUUCGUCGCCCGAGUCCUCACAGGCGUCUGCACUCAUGGCCGACAUGAUAUGAAGGUGCCUCCACCUAGAAACCACCAGCAGCCUCACGACCGCUAUGACAGUGUGGUAGACAGAAUAGAUAACCCCAGCAUGUAUGUUGUGUUUCAUGACAACCAAGCGUACCCUGACUACCUCAUCACAUUCAAGUGAGAAUAAAGGAAAAGUUUUUUCCACUGUUUACAAACGAAGGUGUCUGAAAAAUCCAAAAAGAAAAAUAAUAAAACUAAUAUGCACAUUUCACACUACAGUUAUAUACAGUGAAAUUUCAAGUUUGAAUUACAGAAUUAUGUCUGAUUUUAAGCUUAAUUAUUGACCUGUCACUGAAUUAGAAAAGUUACAUAUGUGUACAUAAACACUGGAAACAUGUUACACAAUCAUGCAGUUUUUAAUCUUUGAUUUGGUUGACAUUUGCAUCUUACAUCUUCACUUUGUAAAGUGUAAAGCACUUUGAAUCACAUCUAAUUAGUCCAAGAACAUGUCACAAUACUCUAAUAAAGAUUUACUGUAUGAUUGCCUGGUACAUUCGUAAACUGUGACAUUUCAUUUGAAUUGUGGUGACAUUAUGCAAACAACAUCUAAAAAAUAUUUUAAUUCAUAAUCAAGUAACUGUUAAACAUAGUAAACCAUCUGGUAGAAGAGUUUAAAAAGUUAACUGUGUUAAAAUGAGAGUUAAAAACAUGAGUGAAGAGAGAAAAGCUCCAGUGGGAUGAUAAUCUUUCUUGUCUGUGGCAUUUUUGUCCACAGCUAAAUGUGUUUUACAAGAAAAGGGCUCUAUAUGUUUCCUUUGGAGUUCAUUUACUACAAAACUGAAUCUGUUAUAUAUAUCCGGUCAUUAAGUCUGACGUCACUAGCCGUGUCUGGGUCUAAACUCCGCUGCAGGUCCAUAUAUCAAACGAU